CGCGCAACGCGACUUCCCAUCCUCUUCAGACAGCAAUCACAACCAUCGCAAUACAAAAACAACUCAGCAACUCAAUUUCAAUUUCAGUUUGACGCUCAGACUGGCAAUCUCAAACAACAACAGCAGCCACAACCCUCCUCACCUUCGCACUUGCACUUGCACUGGAACCCGCCCGUCUUUUGCAAUCACAAUCCGCAAUGGCAACCAUGGAGGCAUGGCCAACGCGUCCUAACCGCGGUUGGUUGAACAACAGGCCCAAGGGAUUGAAGACUACCGCCGAUUUCUUCAGGGAAGCACAAGCAAGAGACCCAUAUAUUCCACCUGCAUGGAUGCUUCCACCCAAGUUCGAACAACCAAAGCAGGAAACUGUACGUUAUGAGCAAAGUGCCGGAUACAACGACAACCUGCGACACAGAGAGAGCAUAAGAUACGGGGAAGUUCUACGACACGAGGAAAGCAUACAUCAAGAGGAGACCAUACUGCCAGAGGAUAUCCCAGUACAGGAGAAACGCGUACCGAAAGAGGAUAGUGCGCCAAAUGAGGAAAGCGGAUGGGACGUUGACGAAGACUUCACCCACCCCUCUGAGAUAUCCAUGUCGACCAGUCCCAGGAUCCGGAUCUUCACACGCGCAGUACCGAAGCGGAAGAUGAAUUUUGUAGAACUGGCUGAGUACUUUGGAAAGACGGAUAAUUCAAGAUUGAUGGCGGCGAAUAGAUGCUGGCCUGAGGAGGGUGAAGAGGAGGACGAAGAUGAGGCAGAGGAGGCAGAGGAGGAAGAUGACGAGGAUAGGAAUACCCUACGGAAGCUAUCGAGGAUUUCGAUGUCUCCAAAAGUGGAGAGUAUACUGGACAUAGCGGCUAUUACACCUGAGAGGGCUCCUAAGAUUCCAAAGAUUUCGCUAUCACCGAAAGUGGAGAGGAGAUUGGAUCUAGCGGAAACAGCGACCAAAAAGUUUCCUCAAUUUUCCAGGCCACCAAAAAAGGAGAGUACAUUGGACUUGGCGAAUACUGGGCCAGAGAAAGUUCCUAAGAUUUCCGUCCCACCCAAAGUGGAGAGAACGUUGAAUUUGGCGGAUACCGCGCCAGAGAGGCUGGAAUUAAAGGCGGAGCGGGACAGUACCCUGGAUGCUUUUGAGAGUGCUCUAUCCACCCAGGAACAUAACCCGACCUGUUGCGAGAAAUACUACGCCCAGAUGACUAAGCUGGAUCAUGUCAAACAUGGGAUUCGAGACGUGAAAGAGGGCCUGGGACGACUGAUUGAGACUCCCAAUGUCCCAAAAACCAUUCAUGACAUAGCAUUCGAGGAAAACCGCACUCAAGGACGCUUCGCGGCCUUCGCAUUGAACAGAUGGAUUGGAGUCGUCUGUGCCAUUCUCUUCACCCUGUUCCUGCUCGAGUGGCUGCUGUGGGGAAUCUAUGGCCGCCGCACGGCUUCUAAGAAGGACAACUGGCAUCCGCACGAUCCAUUCUUCGGCCACUGUCUCACUACGAAGUUGAACGAAUGGACCUUCAAUAUUUUCUCUUACUCAUGGUAUGCCUUCAGGGACUUGGUCGAUGGCUACCUUGAUCCAUACGGAACUCGAUUCAGACCAGUGCAUCCAAGAACAGCACGUAUGGGGGCUAAUGACUGGUGGCAAGGAAGGAGUGGGCCUGUCGGCCUCGUUGCACGUAUGGAUCCAGGUAUUAUGAGUGACAGGAUACAGUAUUAAGGAGUCAUGCUGAUUCAGGAUUACGAACGAUUUUAUGGGGAGUUUGCAACAAAGCGUUGUGCUUGGCGGAUGUUGUCAUGGUCGGAUUGUUCAAAACUGAGACUUUUAAGCACAGAAAUGCGGCUUUGGAAGUUUAAAAUCGGACGAUUACAUGGGAGUUAUCAGCACAGCCUGGCGUUUAUGGGAUGAUAUUGCGGUCGUCACGAUUACAUUUGGAGUUUUCAGCAGAGCAUGAUUGUUUUGGAUCGAAUUAUGAGUAAAGAGCAGGACUAUACCGCAAUGGAGUACAAGAGAAGAACUUGGAUACAGAGCACGGCAUUGGAUUGGGGAUUUAUAUGGCGUUUGUAUACAGUGCUGUCUAGCACAGCUACCCGUUGAAUCAUUUUGAAGUGAAAAACUCGGACUCGAUGGAACUGGGCAUGGACUUGGGCAAGGAUAUGGUUGUGGGUAUAGCGAUUUGGCAUAGCACGGAUACGGCGUUCUCAAGCAUAGAUACCCGUUGAGUCACUUUGAAGUGAAUAACUCGUGCUCAACAAAUGAAACACUUGAACUGC